AUGGCAGACACCGGAGUAAACACACCAGCUUCUUUGAUCGCAGAGGAGGGCGAACAUACAUACAAGUUCAACAUUUCGAUGAGCUGUGGAGGAUGCUCUGGGGCUGUUGAUAGAGUUUUGAAGAAAUUGGAUGGUAAAACAUGGGCGUCGCGCAGCUUGGUUGUCCGCGCAUACGAAGUCAACCUCGAAGGUCAAACCGCAACGGUCAUCGCAAAGCCGGAGUUGGAAUUCGAUACUGUGUUGGAGAAGAUUGCAAAGACGGGAAAGAAGAUUAAUACGGCGGAGGCGGAUGGUGUGAGCAAGGAUGUUGGUGUUAAGACUGAAUAA